AUGAAGGCUUUUCUGAAGAUGCCGACUUCCCUUCGCGAGGUCAUCGCUCAGGCGCGUCUGCCCACGUUGUCUACCAAGCAGCGGAAUGCCGAACCCACCGACGAGGACGAGGAUGCCAUCGCCCUGCUGCCGGACGAGGAGAAAGAUGAACCAUUACCCAAUAGGACACCUGCGAAUCUUUUGAAUGGACGAUCAAGACUUUUCUGGCUUGUCCUCGCACUCAUAGGCGUUGCAUUGCUCGCGGUUGCUUUACUGCUGCCUUCGAGAAAGAGGCCGCCGCCAGAGCCAGCGCCGCCUGAGGAACCACCUCAUCAGACGGACUACUAUUUUCACAUCGUUCUGCCCACGACUCAAAGCUCGGCGAACUUUUGCAAAACUCUGCUCAGCGCGGCGGUGCUCAAUCUGCCUACGCCAUGGCUGAUCAACUGGGACUGGAAUGGUGAUGCAACAGAGGAUCCUACCCUCUUGAAGCUGCGAACAACUACGGAGUGGCUUGAGAGAAUGCCACCGGAGCGCGAAGAUGACCCGGUGGCUAUCGUUGGGAAUGUGAAUGCCUGGUUUCAAGUGAGAUCUGAUGUCUUGCUUUCGAGAUAUCACAAGAUCCGCCGGAGGGGCGACCGCCAGAUUGAGGAGUUGUUCUCGAACAAAGUCGGAGGGACGCAGGGCUUGGAGACGAAGAUUGUGUUUUCAAGUGAGAAGGACUGUCAAUUGACUGCGGAGAACCAAAGCGGCUGUUUGGCUGCUGCUGCUGAAGAUGGCUCUCUGCACUAUCUGAGCACGAAUAUAGUGAUGGGACCGCUGAGGGAUAUUCGAUCUCUGUGGCAGCGGGCAAGACAAGAAGCAGAGCGGCUUGCAGAGAGUGAGUCGGUGAUUGACGAGAACAGGAUAUUUGCGCAGAUCUUAGGCGAACAAGAAAUGCGUCGAGGGACUAUGCGGAAGUCGGAGGCUGACGAGACUCCUGAAGAACGCGAGGAGGACUUCGGCAUCAUGCUCGACUUUGGUCGAGAACUAGCCUAUGCGGCAGAUGAGAAGUUAGAAGGAGUGGACUGGGUGAAGCAUAACGGAGAAGGAGACAAGAGGCUCUCCGUGCCAGACGACAUCGCCAUCUCCACACCACCAUUCUGGACAUUCGAAGCCUCCGGCGCGCUACCAAACACCCCCUGGUCCGAAGUACCCCUCCUCGCCGGCGUCCACGCCAAUAUCGUCCCAGCGCUCGUCCAGCGCGGUCGCAAAGCAGACAAGGAGCUAUCCAGCACUUGGUUCGAGAAGAUGUGGUUUCAGCCAUAUGGCCGGCAACUGCUCGACGCUUUUGCGCUGAUUCCCAGCGCGCCUCUUGCUGUGCUUAUCGAUGACGAGGGCAACCAACAGAGGUAUUGGAGUCCGCAUCUUGAGAAGGUCGGGGCGAAAGAUCAGGAUCUGGUUUUUCAUGAUUGGACGGAGUUGUGUGCGACGGAGCAGUUUAAGGAGGAUGUGGCCAGGGAGGUGUUUCUGGAUGGGAAAGGGGUUUGGGAGGAUUCCAGGCCUUGA